GCUGGCACUGUCCAUAAGAGGUCAUAAUUCGAAGUACAGUAGGUCAGAGAGUGCAUGUGUUUAGCACAUGGAAAACACAGGAAACAUCCUAAAGGCAGGUUUGAAUGGAAAUACCCUUGUGGUGCCAUCAGUGUGCACAUAAAUUAAAGUUCCAGGCUGUUGUGUAAUUAGCCGCACUGUGCCUGUGUUUGUGGAGCUCCUGCGUGCUGACCUGCGGUCGACGACGGUGAAGUCCUCGGGUGGAAAGAGGCGACAGACGGUGAAUGCGAAAGGAGGCUCCGUCAGCGUGGAAAGAAGCGAACAGUCAGUCCCUGCAGCAGAGAGUAGACGGGCCCCGGCCGGGUGUAGCUCCUGAAGACGGCAGCAGCACCACAGAGGAUAUAGCCAUGGCUAACAUUGCAGUCCAAAGGAUCAAACGGGAGUUUAAAGAAGUUCUCAAAAGCGAAGAGACGAGUAAAAACCAGAUAAAAGUAGAUUUGGUGGAUGAGAACUUCACAGAGUUGAGGGGGGAGAUUGCUGGUCCACCAGAUACACCAUAUGAAGGGGGCAGGUAUCAACUCGAAAUAAAAAUUCCAGAAACCUAUCCCUUUAAUCCACCAAAGGUGCGCUUCAUCACUAAGAUCUGGCAUCCUAACAUCAGUUCUGUGACAGGAGCAAUAUGUCUGGACAUUUUAAAAGAUCAGUGGGCGGCAGCAAUGACCCUGCGGACAGUGCUGUUGUCUCUACAGGCUCUCCUUGCCGCAGCAGAACCAGACGAUCCACAGGACGCAGUAGUAGCAAACCAGUAUAAACAGAACCCAGAAAUGUUCAAACAGACCGCAAGACUCUGGUCUCACGUCUAUGCAGGGGCUCCAAUCUCCAGUUCUGACUUUACACACAAAAUAGACAAACUAUGUGCCAUGGGCUUUGAUAAGAAUGCAGUAAUAGCAGCUUUGUCUUCAAAGUCCUGGGAUGUGGAAACAGCAACAGAGCUUCUCCUGAGCAACUGAGGUGCAGCCAGGUGUGAGGAUCCCAAACUGUCUUCAUCACAGCAUCAACUCCUUCCC